GCGGUUGAAGCGGAAGCGGCGCGCGGUUUUAAAACGACGGUUGGAGAAGGAAGCGAAGCGGGAGGUUUCUGGGGGUGAGAAAAGCUAUGUGAAUGCGCGCGCAUAAGUGGAGGGAGCUGGUUGGCAUGGCAGCGUCGUCAGGGGUCCAGCAAUACCGAGGCUUCCUCCAGAAACCCUACCUUAUUGCUGCCCUAUUGCUGGGAUGGUGCCACCCAAGAAGGGGCUACAACAGCAUGGUUCCCAGAAAAUUUCAGAGUCAAAAGUGAGGCCUCAGUCAGAGGCAGUCAACUGGAAUGUAUUAGCAGGAAGAACUCAGUGUAUAGUACCUGUUGGGGCCUGGGUGGAGAGUGCCCAAGAUGAUGGAGAAGAAGAGAGCCCAGCUUUUGCUACAGCUAUUCAGAUUGAAAAGGAAUACAAACAACAACAGAAAGAAAAAGAGAAAACAUUGAAACGUUUUCAGGAGGAGGUAAAACACAGGGUGAACCAACGUAUUAAUCUGAAGAGGAAACAACAGUUGAAGGCAUCUUAUGAAGCAGCCCUAAAGGAAAGCUCUGUUAUUAUAGGGUUUUCAGAUUCUGCAUUGCGGUUGACCCCCAAGAAGAAUACAUGCCUCUACAGAUAUAAUACAGAUUCUGCCAUUGGCAGUUCUGAUGAUAAAGUCAUCUGUGUACAGCAAGCUAGUUACAUACCAGAGCAGUUCUCAGAGCAAGCCAAAACUGUAAGGAAAACAGUGCAACAGGUCCGUCACAAACUGGCGUCUCGAAAAGCUGUUUCAGAAGGAAAUGAACCUCCAGAACUUCCAGGAGGUAUUUGGCAGAGUCCUCCAAGAAGACAGAAUUCAGAACCUUGCAAUACAACAGCUCUAAGCACAGAAGAGGGUGAUAUUGGAGAACUUCCUCUUAAGGGUUACCAUGAUCUUCCAGCAGAAGUUCAAGAACAGGAGGGAAGGAAUUGGGACAACACUGUAGAAUUUCAAAAAGUAAAUAGUGAGAUCUUGAAAGGUAGUAGUCCAGCUGAUACUGAGGCUCAGGCUGUUCAGAUACUCUGGCCUGGGUUAGAGAAGGAACAAUCAAAGAAGCAGCACCAAAGCCAGUAUCUGAGAUACAGACGCCUCUUCAUGGAUAUCGAAAGAGAGCAAGUGAAAGAGCAGCAAAGACAGAAGGAGUGGCAGAGGAAAAUGGACAAAAUUAAGAAAGAAAAGGAAUAUCAGCGCCGUGCAGAGGAACAGAGGAUACAGGAAGCGCAGCGAGCUAAGGAAGAAAGGACACAGGAGAUGGCUUCACAACAAAAUGCUAACCCCAGGGAAAAAACUUGUGAAAAACUGCAACAACUGAAACUGGAAGACCCAGAAGAAAAGAAAAAGCUAGUGGAAAGAAUACAAAAAAAUAAGGAAUAUUCUAGAUACGUGGAAGCAUUAAGAGCCCAGAUGCGAGAGAAGAUCAACAUGUAUAAUAUACAUUUGCCUCCCUUGUGCUUCUGUGGAUCAGAUUUCUGGGAUACUCAUCCCGAUAGCUGUGCCAACAACUGUAUGUUCUAUAAAAACCACAAAGCAUAUGCUCGAGCUCUGCAAACUGUCAUCUCAUCUUGUGAUAUUUUGGACAGGGGCUCAAACACAAGACUUUCCGUCCAUACAUUUGCUGCUGUACAUGCUCGUUCUAAGAAUUCCUGACAGAAUUCUGGAAUUGGUGCCUCCUCCCCAACCCUGUCUGUGAAAGUAGGUGACUGAAUUUUGUCCCAGGUUGAAUUAAAGUAAAUUCGGAAGGGAAGUCUUCCCACAUGGUAUUUCUUUCCCUUUCUGAGACUGUUUGGUUUUCUACAAGAUACUGAUUUGUCAAAAACUUUAAAUCUUUGCUAUUUGUUCAUGGGUGGAAAGAGUACUUGGAUCAGCUUUGUGCCCUGCUUACCUGUAUCUUUCAGCCUGCAAGACUUGUGCCCAAAGUUUAGGUGGGUUUUGUGCUUUGGAGGUGGGAUGUAUUAUUAAGGUACUCUGUCUCCUGUUAGAUUUUAAACUGAGUCACCCCACUUCCUCCAGGAUUUGGAAGUGUAAAUUGUAAGACCUUGGUCUUGCAGAAAAGUUUUGAAAGUGAUUACUCCAAAAGAGCAGAACUGCUACUAAUCAUGACAAUGCUUAGUAAAUGUCAAGACAUAAUGAAGGAAUAUUCACAUUUAAGAAACUGAGAAUGUAACCCAAUUUCUAGAAUAAAACGAAUAAGUCUCUUGUACAGAGCUUUUUUUUUUUAAUUUGUUGUUAGCUGUAUAUUGGGAGUCUCUUGUUUGUGAUCUGCACAAGGUAACAAGACAACUAAGAAUGUUGAAAUGAUACACCCUUCUAUGCAUUUUAAUUAUAAUUUGGAUACAUAUUUGAACAAGGAAUGCUUCUGAACACUAUGUUGUAAAAAGUGAAACUUUAAAGCUGAGUCUUUGGUGCUUGUUGAGAGAGGAGAUUGUUAUGAGAUGUCAGCUUGUUUGAUCUUCAACCUUUCCAGAUGCAAAUGUUAGGUAACAUGCAGAAAGACAGUUCUUUGCUCCAAACAUAUUCCAAUAAAAGUGUUUUGUAUUUUA